CGCACCGUCGUCGACGCUCGCCGUCUUCAUCGGCGUCGUCGCGUAAUUUUAACACACAACGCGAACAGUAACGGCGCGGAUUGCGUGACGUCAUGAACUUGUGAAAAUUUCAAUUGUUUCCCGAAUCGAAGGCGGCCGGCUCAAGAUUCAAUUGUGGACGAAUAACAGGAUCUAGAGAAACCGAGAUGAGCCAUGCAGUUUGGCAUCUGCUGGGCCAUAUUUGGUUUCGCCCAUACAAUUCUUGCAGCACUAGCACUACCACCAAUUAUUAAAAUCGGAGCAAUAUUUACGGAAGAGGAAAGAAACGGCAGCGUCGAAAUUGCUUUCAAGUAUGCAGUCCAUAAAAUCAACAAAGAUCGAAGCCUUUUACCCAAAACAAAUCUGGUGUACGAUAUACAAUACGUCAAAAAAGACGAUAGCUUUCAUGCGUGCAAAAAAGCAUGCAGUCAAGUUCGCAUGGGUGUACAUGCCGUAUUCGGCCCCUCGGAUCCCCUUCUAGCAUCCCACAUUCAUUCAAUUUGCGACGCUCUCGACAUCCCGCACCUGGAGGUGCGCCUGGAUCCCGAAGCUGACUCCAGGGAAUUUUCAAUUAACCUCUACCCCGCACAAAAGUUGCUCAAUCUCGCCUUCCAAGAUAUUAUGAGUUUUUUAAACUGGACCAGAUUCGCGAUCAUCUACGAAGAGGAUUUCGGCUUAAUCAAACUUCGCGAGCUGGUGAAAUCAAGUCAAAGUUCGAAAAUUGAAGUAUAUCUACGACAAGCUGACGUCACCUCGUACAGAAGAGUUCUUAAGGAGAUUAAAUCCAAGGAAAUCAACAAUUUUAUAGUAGACACUAAACCGGAAAAUCUCCAGGAUUUCCUUAAAGGUAUUCUACAGCUACAGAUGAACGACUACAAGUACCAUUACCUGUUCACGACUUUCGACUUGGAAACGUUUGAUCUCGAAGACUUCAAAUAUAAUUUUGUCAACAUGACCGCGUUCCGUAUAAUCGAUACAAAGGACUUGACUGUACAAGAGAUCCUACGGGACAUGGCUCGCUUCCAGCCCCAUCACUUAAGACCGUCUUCGCUCAACUCUUCUUUUGUCAAGACAGAGGCGGCACUAAUUUACGACUCCGUGUUCGUCUUUGCCGUCGGUUUACAGACGCUUGAUCAAUCGCACACGCUCCGGAUACAGAACGCUUCGUGCGACAGGGAAGAGCCGUGGGACGGGGGACUCAGUCUCAUCAACUACAUCAAUUCGGUUGAAAUGAAAGGACUUAGCGGUCCCAUCGAAUUGAAGGAAAGUCAACGAGUUCAAUUCACCCUUGAUCUCUUGAAACUCAAGCAUCAUUCCGUCAAAAAGGUAGGCGAAUGGAGACCGAGCACCGGUCUGAAUAUCACAGACAGAGCUGCAUUUUUCGACACGGGAACAACAAAUGUGACGCUUGUUGUUACCACAAUUCUGGAGCCGCCGUACGUCAUGAUGCAUCAUGAACAAAAUUACACUGGCAACGGGCGCUUUUACGGCUUCUGCAUGGACGUGCUUGAGUUAGUUUCUAAAGAAGUAGGGUUCGAAUACUUGCUUGAACUAGUUCCCGAUAAGAAAUAUGGUGCCCAAGACCCGGAAACGGGCAACUGGAACGGAAUGGUCGCCCAACUAAUAUUGCAUGAACAGCCGUAUGUAAUGCUGAAGACUAACGCGGAGAAGACAGGUAACGGCCGCUACGAAGGCUUUUGCAUAGACCUCCUCGCCAAAAUAGCCGUCAUAGUUGGUUUCGAUUAUCGCAUUGAAUUGGUGCCUGAUGGAAAAUACGGAGUCAUCGAUUUAGAAACGGGCGAAUGGAAUGGUAUCGUCAGGCAACUAAUGGAGAAGAAAGCCGAUUUGGCGGUAGGGUCAAUGACAAUUAAUUAUGCAAGGGAAAGCGUUAUUGAUUUCACCAAACCAUUCAUGAACUUGGGAAUCAGUAUCUUGUUCAAAGUUCCAUCUAGUCAACAGGCCCGACUAUUUUCGUUCAUGAAUCCGCUCGCGAUGGACAUUUGGCUUUAUGUCUUGUCCGCAUAUCUCCUGGUUUCAGUGACCAUGUUCGUGGUUGCCCGAUUUUCACCGCACGAAUGGCACAAUCCGCAUCCGUGUCAAACAGACAAUGACAUAAUAGAAAACCAAUUCUCCCUACCAAACUCGUUUUGGUUCACUAUCGGAACUCUAAUGCAGCAAGGAUCUGACCUAAAUCCGAAGGCGACAUCGACGAGAAUUGUCGGCGGAAUAUGGUGGUUCUUUACCCUCAUUAUGAUAUCGUCGUACACCGCCAACUUGGCAGCAUUUCUAACAGUAGAACGUAUGAUCACUCCCAUCGAAAAUGCCGAAGAUUUAGCCAGUCAAACGGAAAUUACUUACGGGACUCUAGAAAGUGGAUCAACCAUGACAUUUUUCAGAGAUUCAAUGAUUGAAACUUAUAAGAAAAUGUGGCGAUUCAUGGAAAAUAAAAAGCCAUCCGUUUUUGUUCCAACCUACGAAGAAGGUAUCAAACGCGUUUUGGAGGGAAAUUACGCCUUCCUUAUGGAAUCUACUAUGUUGGACUACAUUGUACAGAGGAAUUGUAACUUGACACAAAUCGGCGGUCUCCUGGAUUCAAAAGGCUACGGAAUAGCAACUCCAAUGGGGAGCCCAUGGAGAGAUAAAAUCUCAUUGGCUAUACUAGAUUUACAGGAAAAAGGAGAGAUACAGAUGCUUUAUGACAAGUGGUGGAAAAACACUGGGGAGACCUGCUCCCGAGACGACAAGGGAAAAGAGUCUAAAGCUAAUUCGCUGGGAGUCGAUAACAUCGGCGGAGUUUUUGUCGUUCUGCUGUGCGGACUCGCCUUCGCUGUUAUCGUUGCCAUCUGCGAAUUUUGUUACAAUUCUAGGAAAGGAAACGGAUACAGCAAGAGAAAUAUGGCCCUUCUACCGCAACAGUCGCUGUGUACGGAGAUGGCCAGCGAAUUGUGUUUCGCGAUGCGAUGCAGGGCUUCGCGCCAAAGACCGGCGCUCCGAAGGCAGUGUUCCAAGUGCCUGGCGAAGAUCGCUAACCACGACGCCACCGGCGUCGGCGACGGUGCCGGUGGAGGCGUCGCGACCAACCCGAUUCUACCGCCGCCAUCAGCACCCCGGUCGUCCGCCAAGGUCCCGGCGCCAGCAACAUCGCUCGUCUUGCUACCGCACCAAUUCAACUUUUCGCCAAUUUUAGGCAAUGAAAACCGUCAAUGCUUCGAAGACCUGAAGGAAAGGCUUCAAAAACCGGAAACAAUAAAAGUGAAUAGUUCUACAAAUACGGUUGAACCUCCACCAAAGACCAAACGGGAAACACUAGUCAAUUAGAGACUGACGCAUCGUAUUAGUUGUUUUAAUUAUUAAAAGCCUUACCUCUUAAAAAUCAUUAUAGGAUAAGACGUAAAACUUUUAGCUGAUUUUCAAUAAAAUCGAACAGUAUUGACCAUUUAGAUGAAUAAGAAAUACAGUAGAACAACGAUGAGUAAAGUAAUAAAAUAUUUCUAGAUUGACAUUUUACUAUAAUACAGUAGAAUUCGUUUAUUACGAUUCCGUCUAUAUUGACCAACCGCUUAAUAUGAAGCAAUUGCAGUGUUAAGUUUGGUUUUCAUAUUAAAUUCUCUAU